CGACAAGUUGCCGCAUUGUUGCUUUGCAUUAAUUGCUCUCUUGCUUUUGCUACUGGCUUUACCACUGUUAUUGAUAGGAGGGUUUAUCUUGUUUUCUUAUUUUAAAACCCCUACCCAAUACCCUCUGUUCUCGUUCCCCAUCGCCUUCCCCUCAUACAUAUAGCAUGCUCCGCGGCCAGACACUCCCCUGGAGAGCCGCGCUCCAACAAACAUCGCGUCCCCUCGCUGCUAGACCUCUGCUUGCAUCUUCGAGAUGUCAUGCCAGUCUCCGUUCAGUUCUAAUCGCUUCGCGAGUCUCUCGCUCUCUUCCAUCCUCUCCUCGCACCUUCUCGUCGAGCUCCAUCCGACGGCGGGAAAAGCCUCCGCCGGGUGAUGACAAAACUGACCCAGAAUCCAAAGAGCAAAAAGAUAACAACGAAGAGAAAGACGUGGAACAAGGUUCUGAAUCUCGACGCAAAACGACAGAUCGCUCGUCAGGGAAGCGUGGCUCGUCACCAGAACCGGGAGCUCCGACAUCGGGAUCCGCACGGCGGAAAGAUAAGUCCACCGCAAACAAGGAGAGCCAGGCUGUCGACGAAAAUGUGAAGAAGGAUAAUAAUGCCGUGGAAGGAAAGGGAGAUUCGACGGAUACCCCAUCGCCAAUCCCCGUCAAUGGCAACGGCUCAUCGGACUCGAGACCUAGCGGCGCGAGCAAUGGCGGCAACGAAGAUGGUGGCAAUGGCAAGAAGGGAAAGAAGGGAUCUAAUGAUAAAGCCUUGCAGAAGCCAUCAGUCCCUGAAGUCUACCCCCAGGUGAUGGCGAUCCCUAUCGCCAAGCGCCCACUGUUCCCGGGCUUCUACAAGGCCAUCACCAUCAAGGACCCGAACGUGGCAGUCGCCAUUCAGGAUAUGAUGAAACGAGGACAGCCUUACGUUGGCGCUUUUCUGUUCAAGGACGAAAAUGCCGACGGUGACGUGAUUGAGAAACUCGAAGACGUUUAUGAUACUGGUGUGUUUGCUCAGAUCACUGCUGCGUACCCACUUCGGGGUGAAGCCAACGGCGUGACCGCUGUGCUUUAUCCCCACCGGCGCAUUAAGAUUUCGUCGCUGCUGCCGCCCUCUGAUCAGACGAAAGCUUCUACUUUGGAGGACAAGGCCACAGAGAAGCGAGGCGAUGUGGUCGCUAGCUUUGAAGAAAGUACCCCCGAAUCGACACCUAAGGAUCACUACGAGCCAACGUCCUUCCUACGGAAAUACCCAGUCAGCCUGGUCAACGUGGAGAACAUGGCGGAGGAGCCCUUUGAUAAGAAGAGUGCCAUCAUCCGUGCCGUUACGAGCGAAAUUGUCAACGUUUGCAAGGAGAUUGCUAGCCUCAAUCCCCUGUUCCGAGACCAAAUCUCUGCCUUCUACACCGACCAAUUCCCCGGAAACCUCAGCGAUGAGCCAGCUAAACUGGCCGACUUUGCCGCAGCGGUCUCCGCGGGAGAGUUACACGAGAUGCAAGAGGUUCUCGAAAUUAUGAACAUUGAGGAGCGACUGCCGAAGGCGCUCGUGGUGCUGAAGAAGGAAUUGAUGAAUGCUCAGCUUCAAUCCAAGAUCUCGAAGGAUGUGGAGGCCAAGAUCCAAAAACGACAGCGCGAAUACUGGUUGAUGGAGCAGAUGAAGGGUAUCAAGAGAGAGCUGGGCAUCGAAUCCGAUGGCAAAGACAAGCUGGUCGAGAAAUUCAAGGAGAAGGCAGAAAAGCUUGCAAUGCCUGAGGCAGUCAAGAAAGUGUUCGACGAGGAGAUCAACAAACUGGCGCACCUGGAGCCCGCCGCGUCUGAGUUCAACGUUACCCGCAAUUACUUGGACUGGCUAACCCAGAUCCCAUGGGGUCAGAAGAGUGUAGAGAACUUCGGGAUCAAGAAUGCGACUACAGUUCUGGAUGAAGACCACUACGGCUUGAAGGAUGUCAAAGACCGGAUUCUCGAGUUCAUUGCUGUUGGCAAACUUCGUGGCACUGUCGAAGGCAAGAUCCUUUGCCUUGUCGGACCUCCAGGUGUCGGAAAGACUAGUAUUGGAAAGUCGAUCGCUCGCGCGCUCAACCGACAAUACUACCGAUUCUCCGUUGGAGGUUUGACGGAUGUUGCUGAGAUCAAGGGACACCGGAGGACUUACGUUGGUGCGCUUCCCGGUCGCAUCAUUCAAGCACUCAAGAAGUGCCAGACCGAGAACCCACUCGUCCUGAUUGAUGAAGUGGACAAGAUCGGUCGCGGUCACCAAGGUGACCCAUCGUCCGCACUUCUGGAGCUCCUUGACCCCGAGCAGAACAACUCUUUCCUGGACCAUUACAUGGAUGUCCCGGUGGACCUGUCCAAGGUUCUCUUUGUCUGCACAGCCAACAUCACUGACACAAUUCCUCGGCCGCUGCUCGAUCGGAUGGAAAUCAUCGAGCUCUCAGGAUACGUUGCGGAUGAGAAGAUGGCCAUUGCAGACCGGUACCUGGCUCCCGCCGCGAAAGAACUGACUGGUCUGAAAGAUGUCGAUGUCACCUUGAAGCAGGAUGCGAUUGAAGAACUCAUCAAGUCGUACUGCCGUGAGAGUGGUGUGCGAAACUUGAAGAAGCAGAUCGAGAAGGUGUAUCGCAAGGCUGCAUUCAAGAUUGUCCAGGACCUUGGUGAGGAUGUACUUGGGGAAGAGAAGGCUAUCACCGAUGAAGGCAAGGCUGCACAAGAGGAAACGAAGAAGGAACAUCAGGAUCACCCGACAACGAAUGACCCUGCAGAGCCGCCCCUCGAACCAGAGAAAGCGACGACAGAGCACCCACGCCUCGCAUUGAAGGUUCCUGACAGUGUGCACCUCAAUAUUGGUAAGGAUAGCCUUAAGGAUUAUGUUGGGCCCCCAGUUUACACGACGGAUCGUCUGUAUGACACCUUCCCACCUGGCGUGACAAUGGGUCUUGCAUGGACCAGCAUGGGCGGCGCCGCGCUGUAUGUGGAAUCUAUCUUGGAGAACGCUUUGACUCCCAAGUCACGACCGGGUGUCGAUAUCACGGGUAACCUCCAAAGUGUCAUGAAGGAGUCGAGUCAGAUCGCAUACUCGUUUGCCAAGUCGGUCAUGGCCACGAGAUUCCCGGAGAACAAGUUCUUUGAAAAAGCCAAGCUGCAUAUGCAUUGUCCUGAGGGAGCUGUGCCGAAGGAUGGUCCUUCGGCUGGUAUUACGAUGGCCAGCGCACUUUUAUCGCUAGCAUUGAACCACUCCCUUGCGCCGACCAUUGCUAUGACCGGAGAAUUGACGGUCACGGGUAAGGUGCUGCGUAUCGGAGGUCUGCGCGAGAAGACCGUGGCGGCCCGCCGUGCUGGCGCCACGAACAUCAUUUUCCCUGCAGACAACAUGUCUGACUGGCUGGAGCUUCCUGAGAACAUCAAGGACGGCAUUGAAGGUCACCCUGUGAGCUGGUAUUCGGACGUGUUUGACAUUCUCUUUGCCAAGUUGGACAAGGAAGCGGCCCGCCAUGUGUGGCAGAAGCAGCUUACCGAUACGUCGUCCAAGAAGUCCAAGGCUGACGAAGAUGAAUUGGAUUAAUUGAACUGGUCACGUUGGAAGGGUCCAGGGUCCAGUCUUUGACUCGUGGGUCCUAUUUUUCUCCGUUUGCGCCC